AUACAUUGGAUGUUCGGUUCUAAACGCGCAACGGUCGUACGAAUAUCGCGCAUACGCCGCGUGGCCAAUGAUUUAAACUGAAUAUUGACAGUGAAUAGUGACAGUGAUCGAGGCAAUCAAGCAACUAAAAAUAUGGACACCAGCAGUGACAAGCAGCAGGAGCAACGACUGGGCCAUCGCCGCCAGCCAGCGCUGGGCAAGGCCAUGCCCGUCACAGCCCUGCUGCUCAAUCUGAAUCUUGCGCAGAGCAAUAGGCCAAGUCAUGCACGCAGCGCACCAGCUGGCGCGCUGGACGAGGAUGAGCCGCCGCCGCGUUACUUCAGCAUAGCCGAGGAGCUGCAGCAGCCGCCGUCGCCCAGCGAGAACAAGGCCGCUGAGCCAGCGCUGCUCGGUGCGGGCAAGCCGGACGUGCCCUGCCUCAACUGCUGCCAGCGAGCGCCGCUGGAGCUGAGUGGACCCGGUCUGGCCAUCAACGAGAUGUGCCAGCGCCUGUGCAGCGAUGAGUGUCGACGCGGCCUCAGCUUGACUGGCUGCCUGGCCACACAGGAUGCCGAGCAGCUGCGGCAGGAUUUCCUGAAGCAAUAUGAAAUUGCGGAAGCGCUGGCCAAGACCUCGGCAAUGACCUCGACUACGCAAAUGAAACAGCGUCUCGCCGCACGCAAACUGGAAAUGGAUAUCGAGACGCAGGCGGCAGCCGCUUCCACUGAGCCAGCCUGGCUAACCACACCCAGCGACAAGGCAGCAACAACAACAGCUGCUGCUGCUGCUGGCGUUGUUGUUGCUGCUGCUGCUGCUGCUGGAGACACGUUGCCGCCAAUCGCUGAUAAUGAGCAGCCGCCGCCGCGAGAUUUGCUGUUGUAUCUUGUGAGAGUUGAAAGUUCUAUGGCAGAGUUCAACGUUAGCAAAAGGCAUAGUCACAGCUUAUUUAUUUUCAGCAUAAUUCUACGAAAGAUUCUGUAUAGAAAACCGAAAGAGCUGAUGGGCUCGUUCAACUCGGCGCCCAAGAUAAACAAUGUGGACUCACAAGACGAUGGCCUGGAGCUGCCCAAGGGCCUCAGCACUGAUGCACUGCUCGACCAUGUGCGACAGCUGCACGGCUCAGGCGUGGUGAAGCCCUCGCUGCUCAGCCGCUGCUUCCUUAAGCCCCCCCUGAACAGCGACGACGUGACCGACGGCCUGCGUUGCCUCCAGUUGAACUCCGUCUCACGUGUUUGCAGUGCUCCCAGCGAUGGCGCGCAGCACAUUCGAUUGCUGCAGUGGAACAUUCUCUCGCAAACUCUCGGCCAGCACAACGAUGGCUUUGUGCGUUGCCCCGACGAGGCUUUGACCUGGCAGCAUCGCAGGUACUUGAUCGUGCAGGAGAUUCUGCAAAAUCAGCCGGAUGUUGUUUGUCUGCAAGAAGUGGAUCAUUUCAAGUUUCUGCAGACUGUGCUGGGCAGCCAGAACUAUGACGGCAUCUUCUUUCCCAAGCCGGACUCGCCCUGCCUGUACAUAGAGGAGAACAAUGGCCCCGAUGGCUGUGCCAUCUUCUACAAGCGCGACAAGCUGCAGCUCCUUGGCUACGACACACGCAUCCUGGAGGUGUGGCGCGUGCAGAGCAACCAGGUGGCCAUUGCCGCGCGGCUGCAGCUGAAGGCCAGCGGCAGGGAGUUCUGUGUCUGCACCACCCACCUGAAGGCACGCCACGGCGCUCUGCUGGCCAAGCUGCGCAACGAGCAGGGCCGCGAUCUGAUACGCUUUGUCAAGCAGUUCGCCGGCGAGAGUCCGCUGCUGCUGUGCGGCGACUUCAAUGCGGAGCCCAUUGAGCCCAUCUAUGCGACGAUUCUCAGCUGCGAUCUGUUCAAGCUGGGCAGCGCGUAUGCGGACAUUAAGCUGGAACGGGAACGGGAGCGGGAACGAGAAGAUCAGGAGCAGCACACGGCCAGCUGCGACGAUCCCAAUGAGCUCAUUGCGCAGUCCAUCAAGCGCGAGCCUCCAUACACCACCUGGAAAAUUCGCGAAGAUGGCGAAGAGUGCCAUACCAUUGACUAUGUGUUCUACACGCCGCAGCAGCUCAAGAUCAAGAACUGCCUGGAAUUUCCGGCCGGAGAACAGAUCGGCAAAAAUCGUACGCCCUGCUUUGAAUAUCCUUCGGAUCAUUUUUCGCUCGUCUGCGACUUUGAGCUGCUCGAUGCGCCCCUUUCGGAGGACAAAAGCAAACCGCAUGGCACCAUACAGUAGAGCUUGUCAGUGCACGCACACAGCUACACAAACACACACACACACAUACAGCAAUUACAUAAUAAAUUGUGAUAUUAGCUCUUAGAUACAUUUUUAGCCAUCUAUACACAUGUACGUACGAUCCAUACUAUAUAUGAGCGUAGCACGGCAAAGCUUGCUAAGGCGAGACAUUAAUACAGAUUUCAUCAAUAAACGAAAGUAACUUUGUAGGAAUCGUCGUCGUCUGUCUAUAGAUUGUAUAUUAAACUAUAAAAUAAUUGGAUUUCGAUUUCAUUUUUGAUAACACGAAAGCAGGGGAGAUUCUCACAUUAAAUUGUACAAGGAUUCUGGCUGGAAUUUGAUAUUAGUGUUUCUCUAUACAUUAUUAACUUUAAAUAUUAUAAAAUGUCUAUUUAACUGUAAGCUUCAUAGUGUAUCCAUUUUGUGAAUAAUAAUUAUUAAUAACUGUGUGGAGUCA